GACUGGCUGAUGGACUUGGGAAAACUGCCGAUGUACAGUCUGGCCAGGAGGCUGGAGCUGGAGCUCGCGGUCUGAUAUCCCUUUCCUUCGAAGGCCAAGAGGCCUUCUCACCUUGUAAUUGCAGGAUCACACACUGAUCGUUUCCUUGAUUGUUGAUAUGGGUAUUUUCGUGGGCAGGGUGAAAAACCCAUAAGUUCCGGAUGCUGGCCAGGCUGAUGGACGCCAAAUCGGACUCGCCCCAGAAGCCCGCCAUCACACUCUUGACUCGCUUCAUGACGUUUCUCGGCCGGCUGUUCCAGAUUCGAGACGAUUACGUGAACUUGACGUCGGCAAAUUACACGGAGCAGAAGGGCUUCUGCGGGGACUUCGACGAGGGCAAGUACUCAUGCUCUGGGGCGGAGCUGGCGUGA